CGCAGCGGAGCGCGGGGCUCCGGCGGGCGCUGCGCGGCCCCCCCCCGCCCCGCCGGGCUGGAUAUGUGGAUGCUCACGUGAAGAUGGAUGUGGCCAUCGGGCUGCUGGGGCUGCUGACGGUUCUGCUGGAGGGCAGCUCCGGCCAAGGGGUGUACGCCCCCCCCACGGUGAGGAUCGUGCACUCGGGGCUGGCCUGUAACAUCGAGGAGGAGCGAUACUCCGAGCGGGUCUACACCAUCCGCGAGGGAGAGACCCUGGAGCUCACCUGCCUGGUCACCGGCCACCCCCGGCCACAGAUCAGGUGGACGAAAACAGCGGGAAGUGCCUCGGACAGAUUCCAAGACUCGAGCGUGUUCAACGAGACCCUUCGGAUCUCCAACAUCCAGAGGCACCAGGGGGGACGGUACUACUGCAAGGCCGAGAACGGCCUCGGCUCUCCCGCCAUCAAAUCCAUCCGGGUGGACGUCUACUAUUUGGAUGAUCCCAUAGUGACAGUCCACCAGAGCAUUGGGGAGGCCAAGGAGCAGUUUUACUAUGAGAAAACCGUGUUCCUCAGGUGCGUGGCCAACUCCAACCCGCCGGUGCGGUACAGCUGGCGCCGCGGGCAGGAGGUGCUGCUGCAGGGCUCCGACAAGGAGUGGAGAUCUACGAGCCCUUCUUUACCCAGGUUUGGGAGAAACAAGAUCCUGAAGCUGAAGAACCUUCGCCCUCAGGACUACGCCAACUACAGCUGCAUCGCGUCCGUACGGAAUGUCUGCAGCAUCCCGGACAAGAUGGUCUCCUUCCGCCUCUCCAACAAGACAGGGGGUGGUCCGGGGGUGGUCCCGGGGUUGUUGAGGAGCGUUGCUGACGUGGCUUCUCCUUGUGUGUGUGUCCCCAGCCCCCCCACGGUGAGGAUCGUGCACUCGGGGCUGGCCUGUAACAUCGAGGAGGAGCGAUACUCCGAGCGGGUCUACACCAUCCGCGAGGGAGAGACCCUGGAGCUCACCUGCCUGGUCACCGGCCACCCCGGCCACAGGUGA